GGAUUCCUGACGUCACGCUCUGUCAGCCCGCCUCUCUUUCGCAUAAGGUCCCGGAUGCGGCUCUCUUGUUCGAUCUUUCCAGAAGCUGCUGGUGAAGGAGAAAGGACGGCGGAUUCGUGUGCCACUGCCAGUUAGUAACGUUUGAAGAUACCUGAAGCAAAAAUGGUGGUUGAAACAGGGUACUAUGACGUUCUGGGGGUAAAACCUAAUGCCACCCAGGAAGAGCUCAAAAAGGCCUACAGAAAACUUGCAUUGAAGUACCAUCCCGACAAGAAUCCCAAUGAAGGGGAAAAGUUCAAGCAGAUUUCUCAAGCCUAUGAAGUACUUUCUGAUGCAAAGAAGCGAGAUUUGUAUGACAAAGGUGGUGAGCAGGCCAUCAAAGAGGGAGGAAUGGGAGGUGGUGGAUUUGGAUCACCAAUGGACAUCUUUGAUAUGUUCUUCGGUGGAGGUGGAAGAAUGCAGAGGGAACGAAGAGGUAAAAACGUGGUCCACCAGCUCUCCGUAUCACUGGAAGAUCUGUAUAACGGGGCUACACGAAAACUGGCUCUACAGAAGAACACAAUUUGUGAUAAAUGUGAAGGUCGUGGUGGUAGAAAAGGAGCUGUGGAAUGCUGUGUGAAUUGCAGAGGUUCUGGGAUGCAAAUUCGAAUCCAUCAAAUAGGGCCAGGAAUGGUCCAGCAGAUCCAAUCUGUAUGUCCAGAAUGUCAAGGUCAAGGGGAGAGAAUCAAUCCAAAAGACCGGUGUAAGAACUGCAAUGGACGAAAGAUUGUCAGAGAAAAGAAGAUUCUGGAAGUUCAUAUUGACAAAGGAAUGAAGGAUGGCCAGAAAAUCACAUUCGCUGGAGAGGGUGACCAAGAGCCAGGCCUUGAGCCAGGAGAUAUCAUUAUUGUAUUGGAUCUGAAGGAUCAUGCUGUGUUUACUAGGAGGGGAGAGGAUCUUCUGAUGCACAUGGAAAUUGAGCUUGUGGAGGCGCUGUGUGGCUUUCAAAAACCCAUAGUGACGCUGGAUACAAGGACUAUAAUUAUUACUUCUCAUCCUGGUCAGAUUGUCAAACAUGGAGAUGUUAAAUGUGUGUUAAAUGAAGGUAUGCCACUCUAUCGCAGACCAUAUGAAAAAGGACGCCUUAUUGUUGAGUUCCAGGUUAACUUUCCUUCCAGUGGCUUCAUUUCAGCUGACAGACUUCCUUUGUUAGAAAAGCUGCUACCUUCAAGAAAAGUCACUGAAGAGAAUGAAGAUAUGGAGCAAGUUGAGCUCAUGGAAUUUGAUCCAUCUCAGCAGAGGCGUUCACAUUACAAUGGAGAAGCAUAUCAUGAUGAUGAUGAGGACCACCCAAGAGGUGGAGUUCAGUGCCAGACCUCCUAGGUCAAAGCAGUGAAAUUUUAGUUUUCUAGUAUUGCUCACAACUUGGUGGACAAGAUGAACAUGCAGUGCGUUCUUUGGCUUGAGUUCUGGCAUACAGUUCUGGGCUGAAGAUGCUUAGAAAACAUUGUUGAGCAAUGGAGUUUAGGCUUCUUCGGUACUGAAAUUGGAUGAACAUGUGUUUGUACACAGAGACUCUUAUCCCAGUGCAUAUUCUAUGUGUUUUAAUAUGAUAAGAACUUGCCUUAAAAGGGGUUAUUCCACAAAUCAUUCUGUGGGUGGGCAGCAGCGGCUCAUCAAGCAACCGCAUCUCCUAAAAUGCAUUAGUUAGCUCUUAACUUCUUCAUCCCCAAGCCCCAGAGAUAUAUAUGGUAUGUAAUGCCCUCACAAUUUCCCUCUCCACUGUCUAGUAAGCCAAGUUCAUAGAAAUAUUUAAAAGUAGAAAAGUUGUUUGGACUUUAUCUGCUUUGCUAUGAGAUCAUACGCCAGUACUGAGGGGAGGGAAAGGAGCAGGGAUGUUGCUGAGCAUGGGUGCUCACCUCCAAAUGCAGGAGAACAUGGACUAGAAGAAUAGACCACGGGGCACUGCCAGAGAGAAAAAAUGUGCAUGAAAAUACAAACAAUAGGGAGAUUUAUCAAAACUGGUGUGAAGGAAACAUGCACAUGGCAACCAAUCAGAUUCCACCUUUCAUUUUUCAGAGCUCCUUUGAAAAACAAGGUGGAAUCUGACUGGUUGCCAGUUUUCCUUUACUCUGGUUUUGAUAAAUCUCCCAAUAAAUUUUUUGCAUGUAUAUUGCAAUAAUACUUCAUUUGGUAUGGCCCUAUUCAUUGUAUAGUACAUUUUGUGGGAUAGCUCCUUUUAAGCUCUGUACCCAACAGUUUCACUAGUAGUAUGUAAAUGUCUUGUGGAUUCAGGUAAAAUAAAUGGCAUGUUAACUUCUAGACUAUGACUAUAAUCCCAAGGAUUUUUCAGUUUGUACUUGUGAAUUCAACCUUUUUACAUUGACUUAAUUUAUAGACCUAUAAAUAUACUAAUUUUUUUUUUUUUUAACUACUUGAUAAAGCAUAACUGGUUUUCUGUUGUGCAGGAUUAUUUACAUGCUUCAGAUUGUUGACACGGGCAAAAAGUGUCAAAAUGACAUCCUAUUAAUUAAAUUCUAAUUAUGA